AUGCACUGGUACGGGAAUGCUUUUGAAAUUUUCCUGGCAAUUUGUUUGUUCUUUUAUUUGCCUAUGCUCAUAUGUUCACACAUCAAAUUGACCUCAAAAGGAAUUCCAUUACAAUUGAAACACACUCUGAAAGAAUCAAUAGCAAUUAAUGAAAAAACAUUUCAACGACUUCCACUUGAAUUGAAAAACAUUCGAAACGAUAGAAUGAAUUUAUCAGAAAGUUUUGAAAGCGGUCUGGCUUACUAUGGCUUAAGAAAAGACGAGAAGGAAGAUUUAUGCAAGCAUAAAAUUGAAUUGAACGUGACACAAGAUUCCACCUCUACUCAAAAACCAAAUCAGUCUGCUUGA